UAUUUCGGUGCGAGUGCUCACCCAGAUUAUACAACUGGUGGGAGUGUAUGGAAACUGUGAGGUUGUCUGGCCUCGCCCUGCCUUGCACAACCCUUGCGCUCACCAGUCACCCAACACACACCACGGGGAGUGUACGCUUCCGUUCUCUUCUUCCCAAGAAUGGCUGCCGGGUCGGACGAGAUAGAGCGAGCGUGCGAGGUCAGCCCAGGAUGCGAACUAGAGCCAGAAAUAGAGAUCGAGCCAGCAUGCGAGGUUGGGCCAGGAUACGAGGCGUUGCCAGUUAGCGAGGUCGGGCCUGACGUUUCGACGGGCGAGGCCGGGCUGGUGGUGGACUUGGCCCUUCUCAAGAAGGGCUUCUCCCCGACCCCUGAAGGCCAGCUCCUCCUGGAUGGGUAUCUGGACGCCUACACGGAGAUGAACAAAUUCUUUCAGAUCAUGGGUCCACUGUUUCAAGUCGUCUCUACUGAUGUUCAGUCCAAAGUGCGGCUGCUGCGGGAGUACUGUAGCGGCGAGGCUGUCGUCCACUACCACACACUCCACUCCAUGAUCGAUUACGAGACCAAACAUAAUCUACUUACCAGCAAGGCCAAACCCUCAGGAGCCAGGACGCUGCUACGACUACAUAGAGCUCUAGAGUUCGUUACCGAGUUUCUAGUGGUACUGGUGGACCCCACAGAGGAAGGCUCAUUCGGACGUAAGGUGUCAGAGCUGUACGGACGCACCCUCGCAAAGUACCACGGCCUGUUGAUCAGGAAGACCUUCUCUGGCAUCCUCCUCCUCAUCCCAAAGAGACAGACUAUCAUCAAUAGAUUGGCCAAUGGUAACUCAGAAGCGGAGAAGGAAGCGAUGGCAGAGAUGCCGAGGGUAAUCCAGACAAUGAAGGACGCUUACAACUUCACCCAGAAACUUUAUCAAGAUAACGACCUACUUGACCUCCCUUGAAGUAGUGACUGGCUUCAUUGUGAUAAUUAGCUCCGAUUAGGGAAUUUUACGAAUAUUUGUAAUAUUUAUUUUGCAUUAUUUACAUGUGAAUAUAUUGUUUAUACUAGGA